UCCGGGUCCCUGCCGUCUCCAGCCGCAGGAUUUCUUGACGCGUCUGUUAUUAAAUAAAUACAUGGAUUAAAAAAAACCGAAAACCCUCUUAAAAGUCGAGGCAAAGAGCAGACGUUUGUGAGUAAGAGACUCCCAGGACUUGACUCAGUCUCUGCCCGGAGACGUCAGUAGUUAAUCGCAGGAAAAGCACUCGUUGUCCCCCUUACUCAGUCUGCCUGGAGACUUCAGCUGCUCUUCCAGAGCCCGGCGCCCGGGCGGUCGUCUGGCCAGAAAGCGGUGCUGUUUAGCAGCUCUUGUCACUUGCUGGGUGUAAUUCAGAGGAUUUAAGAUUUUUUUACAUUGGGGUGGAGGGGCAGCAAAUGAGAACCUCGCUGUCUUCAUGAACACUGGCUGAGGCUUUUGCUUUCCUACCCUGAGUAUCUAACACGAUCUUGUUUUCCUUUGGCAUUUCAGACUAGCCGCGAAAGCUGUCCUGCCCUAGCCAUUGACGCUAUGGAAGACCGCAUCAGCUGGUCUAGUCUAUAGGAUGGUAGCUCAGAGUAAGGUGGCAGCAGAUAAUGCGGUUGCAGCAGACCCGAGACGUCUACUUGAGUCUCCAGCACGGGAUCAUCCACAGCCUAGAGUCUACCACGGCUCUGCCCGUCCCAGCACUGUGCAGGCACAGAGUAACACACACUUUCGAACCUUUCGCUCGCAGGCGGAUUUCAGUAGCAUCACCCGAGCGAGCGCCUUGUUGGAUGCCUGUGGCUUUUAUUGGGGACCUCUGACUGUCAAUGCUGCCCAUGAGAAACUUAAGUCUGAACCUGAGGGCACCUUCCUCAUCAGGGACAGUACACAGAAGAACUGUUUCUUUGCCAUCAGUGUUAAGACUGCUACUGGGCCCACCAGCAUCAGAAUAAACUUCCAGGGUGGAUGUUUCAGCCUGGAUGGCAGUAAGGAGAAUUUUGACUGUCUCUUCAAGCUGUUGGAACAUCAUAUAAACUCCCCUAGGAAACUGCUGGUCACUCCACUGCGCAAGGUCCGUGUGCGGCCCUUGCAGGAGCUUUGCCGGAAAAGCAUUGUGGCAACGUUUGGAAGAGAGAAUUUAAAUCGUAUCCCUCUCAAUCCAGUUUUAAAGGACUAUCUGAAAUCAUUCCCAUUUCAUGUCUAAGUACAGCAUUACCUGUAUGCGUGCUUUCCAGAGUGAAAGAUGCUCUUGGAAAUCCAGGUUCCUGGGUUUUUAAAUCUGGUCAACAAAAACAGAACUUAUUUUUGUAGCAACAUACUAUACCUGGAAAUGGAAAUUGAACACUUAACUUACUAUGUUUACACAAACUGUUUGCACAAACCUGGGGUUUCUAAACCCUGGCAUAAUCCUUCUGCUG